GGCUUCGCAGCCGGUGCCACAGUGGAGCCGGGGAUGGCGACGCGGAGCCUGCUGGAAGCCGGCGGGGCGCUGCUGCAGCGCGCCGCCGCGGGCAGCCCCCUCUCCACGGCGCUGGCCGCCGCCGCCUUCGUGCUGGGGCUGGGCUACCUGCUGCAGCUCGGCUGCCGGCAGCGGCGUCCCCCGCCGCCCGCCGCAGGGAAGCCACCGCCGUUCAUCGCCUCGCCCGUGCCCUUCCUCGGCCACGCCGUGGCUUUCGCCCGGAGCCCGAUCCGGUUCCUGGAGGCCGCCUACGAGACGUAUGGGCCUGUGUUUAGCUUCACUAUGGUGGGCAAGACAUUUACAUAUCUCUUAGGUAGCGAUGCUGCUUCUCUGCUGUUCAACAGUAAAAAUGAAGACCUGAAUGCAGAGGAUGUAUACUCUCGCCUAACCACACCUGUCUUUGGCAAGGGAGUUGCUUAUGAUGUGCCUAAUCCGGUGUUUUUGGAGCAGAAGAAAAUGCUAAAAACGGGGCUGAAUAUAGCACAGUUUAAACAACAUGUACGUGUGAUCGAAAAAGAAACAAAGGACUACUUUAAUUCCUGGGGACAGAGUGGCAAAAGAAACUUAUUUGAAGCACUUUCAGAGCUCAUUAUUUUGACAGCAAGUCAUUGCUUACAUGGGAAAGAAAUCAGAAGCCUACUCAACGAGAAGGUGGCACAACUGUAUGCUGAUUUGGAUGGGGGAUUUACUCAUGCUGCUUGGCUCCUGCCAGGGUGGCUACCACUGCCAAGUUUCAGACGUAGAGACCGAGCACACAGAGAGAUAAAGAACAUUUUCUAUAAGGUUAUCCAGAAACGGCGCCAGUCAGGAGAAAGGGAGGAUGAUAUGCUUCAAACGCUGCUGGAUGUUCGAUAUAAGGAUGGCCAUCCUCUGACAGACGACGAAAUUGCUGGAAUGCUUAUUGGGUUACUGUUAGCUGGUCAGCAUACGUCCUCAACCACCAGUGCUUGGCUUGGCUUCUUCUUAGCUAGAGACAAAUCAAUACAGGAGCAGUGUUAUGUGGAACAGAAAGCAGUUUGUGGAGAUGACUUGCCACCAUUAAGUUAUGAUCAGCUGAAGGAUCUGAACUUGCUGGACCGUUGUCUAAAAGAAACUUUAAGGCUUAGACCUCCUAUAAUGACGAUGAUGAGAAUGGCAAGGACUCCUCAGACUGUUGCUGGUUAUACUAUUCCUCCUGGUCACCAGGUCUGUGUAUCUCCAACUGUUAAUCAUAGACUUAAGGAUUCUUGGGUAGAAGCUUUAGAGUUCAAACCUGAUCGUUAUCUCCAGGAUAAUCCAGCAGCUGGAGAGAAGUUUUCAUAUGUGCCAUUUGGUGCAGAUCAGGACCAACAUUAACAUCAGCUCCUUUUCUUUGGCUUAUUCACAAGCCUGGGAAUCUUUACGCAAAUCCUUUUACUUGGGGCUGCAUGCCUCAGAAUAUCAAGUACAUGCAUCUCAAUACCUGGCUGACAGAAGACCCUAUGGAAGAGCAUGUUAGAAAGUCUACCAACUACCUUGGCACUCUUCUACUGCUUAGUCCUGUGGUUCAGCAACCAGAAGUCCACUAUGACUCCAGCACAAACAUUGGCCUUCACUCACACUUUUCUGAACAUAGUGUCAGUGCUGGCCUAUUCUGCUAGUAUAAUUCUGAGCCCUAAAAGAAUUUGUUUUUCCACAACAGAAAGCAUGCCUCAAUGCUUAUCUAUACACCUUUGUCACACCACGUGCCAGAUUUCAUCUCAGGGACAUGUAGGUCUGGCUUUGGACUAUCUAAUUUCCAGAGAGAGAAUUUCUGACCAUAAAGAUAACUAUCCUGGGUUCUACAUUCUCCAUAGGAUAGGAGAUGGACGAAGUAAUGUAGGUUUGGAUGUGGCUUUCCUUCCCUCUGCUGCAUCAGGGUUUAUGAUAAUGCAAGUGUAUAUUGGGUAUUUGCAAAUACAGGGCCCUCUGAACAGAGGAUGAGGAACAGGAUACUAAUUGCUGUGCUGACAAAAUACAGUGGGCGUAUUGUAUUCUUACUGGACAGAGACAGAUGCCUUUGAAAAGAUGAGCUAGUCAUAUGACCUGACAUUCAAACUUAAUCUGUCCAGAGGUGCUAACAAACAGAAGAUCCAAUCCAAUUCCACUAGAGUUAAUGGGAGAUUUUUCAUAGACUUCAAUGAGAAUUCAAUUCAGCCCUAAUUAUGCAGCCAUUCAAGAAAAAAACAAUGGAAAGGACACAACAGGAUUGCCCCCCAGCUCUCACAGUGGCAUCAGUUAGAUCAGUGGUUCUCAACUCUCUUAGCACCCUUCAAUAUCUUUUCUGAAUUUAGAUUCUAGCUCAGUGAUUUAGAAAAGUUAUGGAGAGUGCCUUGAGGCUAAAAUGUGGAGACCCACGGGUUUAUAUGAAAUUGAUUUCACCGAUGCAUAUUUUCCUACUAUAAAUUAUACAACCCUGCUUUACACACCUCAUAAAGUUAUCAGAUAUGAAACAGUUAUGCUAAAUUUGAGUUAGAACAACUGUUUUGAGUAAAUGGGGACAAAAUUAAGUGCUCCAUAAAAAAAGGAACUUCUUCAUUUGAUCAUCAGUGUUAUGAAGAUGAGGGAAAUCUAGCCAUGACAUGUGAAACCACUACACCUACUAUAACUCCAUUCCUGAAUCAGUACUUUGUAGGACAUACAGUACAUUUACCGGGUUUUAUUCAUAAAAAUGCUGUCUUCUAUUUGUGUAGCAACUUUAACAUGGGUUCAGGCCUGACAGUUACUUAGCAUCCAACUCACCAGUCAAAUCCCAAGCAAGGAAAAAGCCAUUUUUCAAGUGUGAAUCUUAACUUCUAGAAUGAGCAUAUGUGUUAACCUACUUCCCUUCAUCCACCUAAACUAAGGAGUGAGAUGCAAGUCUCCAUGUACAGUGGGACUAGAAUCUGUUUUGAUGGGAUCAUUGUAACAACCAGGGUUUGAAUUACAUUCUGACUCUUGUGGGGUGACAGUGGUGGCCAAUAGCUGAAGAAGCCACUACUGCUGCCAUCUGAGGUGCAGGGCAGGCUCUCGUCUGAUGGGGGAGCUCUUGUCUCUUAUGGGGAGCUCAGCCCCCCGAGCUCCCCUGGUAACAACUGAAGUUGGAAGGUUUGCUUUGUGUGUUUGUAGCCUGUCACAACUGCAGAAAUGUACAUACUGUUUUAUGUAAUAAAUACAUUCUUAUUUUCAAGAAUGAACCUAGAAUUGCCAUGGAGUUUUAAUAAAAAUCAUAAUAGUUUCACAAGAGG